AAUGGGUCAUCGUAUUCGACAAGUGAAACAGCGUCUGGAACAUCUGGCUAAAUAUCAUCGACAACGUUUAGAAGAUGAAGAACGGCAACAAUUGCGUCUGUAUAAUAACAAUGAAUUUUCGUUUGAACAUUUGACUGUGUCUAUACCACAACCGAUAGAAACAGUUGUUCUACAACGUAAUUUAAAUAGUUCGAUUCGACGCAAUGAAAAUCUGCUGAUUAGUGGAACAACCGGUUGUGGUAAAACAAGUCUGUUUCGAAUAUGCGCUGGUCUGUGGCCGAUACAAGCAAAAUAUUUACAAAUGCCUGAACGACAACAAAUGUUGUUCGUAUCACAGCGACCCUAUUUACCUAUAGGAUCGUUGAGAUUUCAAACUGAAUUUAUGUUAAAUUUAAAAUCGAGAACAACGACAAGAGUAAAUUUGACUAAUUUUGAUAUACAAAAAUUGUUUCAGUUGGUCAAUAUGGAUUAUCUGCUGAAGCGAUACGAUUUAGAUGAGGUGAGUAGCGUUACGAUCGCUUUAGGUUAA